AUGGCCACCACCGCCUCCCUUCUCGCGCACCCCCUCGCCGCCUCCCUCCAAUCCACCGCCUUCCCAUCCGCAUCCUCACCCGCCUUCGCCGGCAAGCCGCUGCCCGUUCCGUCUCUAAUGCGCUCGUCCGCCUCCCCCGAUCCCCUCCCCUCGCGCCCCCUCCGCUGCGAGGCCAGACCCGCGACCGCCGCCUCCGCUGCCUCCGCGGUGACCGCGGCGGAGCGCGCGGCAGCGGUGGCGGCGGGGAUGCCGUCGGCGGAGGAGAUCAUGGCGAUCGAGCGCGACGUGGUGGUGCAGACGUACGGGCGCACGCCGCUCGUGGUGGCGGCGGGCGCGGGGAGCCGCCUGUACGACACGGCCGGGCGCGAAUACAUCGACAUGGCGUCAGGCAUUGCGGUGAACGCGCUGGGCCACGGCGACGCUGAUUGGCUCGCCGCUGUCACGGAUCAGGCCGCCACGCUGGCACACGUCAGCAAUCUGUAUUACACGUGGCCGAUGGUGCAGCUGGCGCAGCGCCUGGUGAAGUCGUCGUUCGCGGAUCGCGUGUUCUUCGUGAAUUCGGGCACGGAGGCGAACGAAGCGGCAAUUAAGUUCGCGAGGAAGUACCAGCUGGCGAAGAGCGGCGACGAGCAUGCGACGGAGUUCGUCGCAUUCGGCAACUGCUUCCACGGUCGCACAAUGGGCGCGCUCGCGCUCACCUACAAGCCGCAGUUCCGCGCGCCGUUCGAGCCGCUCAUGCCCGGCGUCGCGUUCGCUGACUACGGCGAUCUCGAGGCGGCGGCGGCCGCCAUCACCGCGGGGCGCACGGCGGCGGUGUUCGUGGAGCCGGUGCAGGGCGAGGGCGGCGUGUUCGCCGCCACCGCGGAGUUCCUGCGCGGCCUGCGCCAACUGUGCGACGAGCGCGGCGCGCUGCUGGUAUUCGACGAGAUCCAGUGCGGGCUGGGGCGCACGGGGCACGUGUGGGCGCACGAGGCAUAUGGUGUCACGCCCGACAUCAUGACACUCGCCAAGCCCCUCGCAGGCGGGCUGCCCAUAGGAGCGGUGCUGGUGACCAAUCAGGUGGCGGCAGCCAUGGCACCUGGCGACCACGGCAGCACCUUUGCAGGCAACCCACUCGUGUGCCGGGCGGCACUUGCCGUCCUCGAUAAGAUCGCCAACCCAGCCUUCCUCGCCAGUGUGGAAGCCAAGGGAGAGCUGCUUCGGAAGCUGCUUCGGGAGAGGCUCGGGGGGAACCCACAUGUGAAGGAGGUUCGGGGGCGGGGGCUGAUGGUGGGGGUGGAGCUGGAUGUGGCGGCUGGGCCGUUGGUGGAUGCGGCGAGAGGGGAGGGCGUGCUGGUGAUCACAGCAGGCAAGGGCAAUGUGGUGCGCCUUGUGCCGCCCCUUGUUAUUACGGAGGAGGAGAUUGAGAUGGCAGUUGAUGGCCUUGCCAAGAGCCUACCGGCCCUAGUCAGAUCCGCGCAUUGCGCCCGCCCGAAAGCGCGACACGCGCGCUCGCUGUCGCACCAAAUGGUCGCACUGGUCGCUCAAAACGUCGCCGGAGCCGCUGAUUCGUCGCAGCCGCGUCCGGACUCCGAAACCGGGGGUUCGACCCCUCCGCAUCAUCCGUCGCAGCUGUGGCAGCGGCGCAACUGGCAGCCCGCCGCGUCGCUUCAGCUCGACCCUCGCCGCCAAUCCUCGCCGGCUGGAAAUGCGGCCUUAGGCGCGCGCCUCGUAAGGAGCGCAAGCGCCGCCGGACCGCUUUCCGCGGAUCAUGGCGGCGCUCGCCCCGAUCGCGGUGCGAGCCCCCAUGGAGCAGCCGUACGUACCACGGGAAGCGCUCGGGGAAGGCCUGCGGAUUGCGGAACUGUCGGCACGGCGGAGGGGCGCAACGCAGGCGCGCGACAAAUGUUCGCUCGAUCGCGUAGCGUCUCGGGUGGCGCGGCGUCGUCGUCGACGGGCGCGGGCGUCGCACACGCAGAUGGCGUGUCGCAGGGUCACCGCGAGGCCAUCUCGCGUCCCCUACGCGGCGCUUCCGCGUCUCCGGGGCGCGUCGCCGCCAUCCCCGCCAUUUCGGGGGGGAGGCAACUGGCGGGGGUGAGCAGCGAGUCGGCGGCGCGGGUCAGUGGCGGAACGGGCGGGACUGUCGCCGCGGUUAGCAGCGUCGCCAGUGGCGGAACCAGCGGAAUUGGCGCGCCCGCAGGCACCGGGACGCACGCGCGCGUGUUUCGGCGGAGCGCGAGCUGCGCGUUCAGUGCGGACGGACUUGGCGAGGGGAAUGGCGGCGAGCGCACCUUGCGGAGAGGGCAGAGUCACGUAGUUAGGGGCACCAGCAAUGGCGACGGCUACGGCGGCGGACGCCGCACUGCUGCCGCCGACAGCCCUGCUAGCAUUCGGCGUGACGGAGCCGCGUUUCCGCGCGUGCUUUCCGUUUCGUCCCUCGAGGAGCCUUUCCUUGCCGGCGCCGCCCUCUCCCCCUCGCGCGCGUCCCCGACGCACCCCCUAGGACACGCGCGCCGCCAUUCCAUUUGCGCCGACUUCCGCGCGCUCAGUCCCACCGCCCGCCCGCUCUCGCGGAAGACCGCGGCCGCGAAAGCGGGAGGCGCGCCAGUCGCCUCGACGGCGCCUGUCGCCGUCACUUCUGCGCCAGUUCACGCGGCGGGAGCGUCCGCGCCGGCGCCGAGCGCGGAAAGCUAUCCCGGCCACAGGACAGCGUCGGCGGGAUUUCCGCAGGGAGCAAUGGCGGGGCACGCGGUGAAUCGGCGGAGCGCGUCGCUGGCGUCGCUGGCGGAAUGGCAGCAGGCGGGACGAGCGGAGCCCCCCGCCGCGGAGGGCGGCGCGGGCGCGAGACGCGCCCCGUCGCCAAAACCAACCUACUCGUUUCCACCCCGAUGCGCGUCGCUCCAGUCAACUGACCCUAAGGAGGGACCGGCGGGUGGGGGUCACAGCGCGGCUCACAGGCGCAGCAGCAGCCAAGCCUUCGGCGGCGAUGGCAACCGUAGCAGCAACGGUUACAGCGUAACACUCGGCGGCAGCAGUCACGGCGCGGCGAGCGUGAGCCCGCGGAGACGCGCCAUGCUGCCCCCUCCCUCCCCCACCCACCAGCCGCCGCCGCAGCAGGCGCGGCAGAACGGCAUGUGGCGGCCCCCGCCUAUAUUCACGCACAUCAGCGCUGACGACGGCGAUGCUGCGGACGAUGACGACGUGACUCUAGCAGAAGCCGUCUUCUCGCUUGUGUCACACUCGCCCAGCUCUCCGCAUGUACCCCAAGCAGCGGAAACAGCAGCAGAGGCGGCAGGGGAUCCAGCCUCGCGCGCCCUGACCCCUUCCCCCCGAUCCCCCCUCGCCUGGUCCUCCCCGCGCCUGCACUCCCCCUCUCACCCGCUCCCCCAGUCUUCUAAAGCCCCCAGGCUGCUGUGCCCCUCCGCCUCGCCCCGCGGUCCCCCUCCCCCCUCCUCCGCCCGAACCCGACCCACGCACGUGCCCCGCUGCUCCUCCGUGCCUACCGCAGCUCUGUCGCAGGUUCGGGUGCCUGCCGGACCUCCAGCCUCGUGCGCCGCUUCUCCCCCCUGCCACCUUCCUUCUCCCCCUCCUCCCCCUCCCCCCUCCUCCCCCUCCUCCCCCUCCUCCCCCUCCUUCCCCUCCCCCGUCCACCUCUCCUCCGCUCUCCCCCUCACCAUCACCACCACCAGUGAUGCCCCCGCCUCCCCCGAUGCCCCCGCCUCCCCGAAUUCCCCCCCCUACCCCAACGCCCCCGGUUCCUUGAGGGCCCCCCUCUCCCCCAGCUGGCCCUUCCCCCCGCCCCCACGCGCGCCCUCUGCAGCGGACCUGCCCUCCCCCGCCGCCCGGAGGCAUCUGGCCAAGUUUGGGUUGCUGGAGGCACUGGGAUUCAACCCCCAUCCCUCUCCCACCCUCGCUCCUGAGGGAAUUCAACCCCCAUCCCUAUCUCACUCACCCACCCACCAGAGGGGAUUCAACCCCCAUCCCUCUCACUCACCCGCCCACCAGAGGGGAUUCAACCCCCAUCCCUAUCUCACUCACCCACCCACCAGAGGGGAUUCAACCCCCAUCCCUAUCUCACUCACCCGCCCACCAGAGGGGAUUCAACCCCCAUCCCUCUCUCACUCACCCGCCCACCAGAGGGGAUUCAACCCCCAUCCCUAUCUCACUCACCCGCCCACCAGAGGGGAUUCAACCCCCAUCCCUAUCUCACUCACCCGCCCACCAGAGGGGAUUCAACCCCCAUCCCUCUCUCACUCACCCGCCCACCAGAGGGGAUUCAACCCCCAUCCCUAUCUCACUCACCCGCCCACCAGAGGGGAUUCAACCCCCAUCCCUAUCUCACUCACCCGCCCACCAGAGGGGAUUCAACCCCCAUCCCUAUCUCACUCACCCGCCCACCAGAGGGGAUUCAACCCCCAUCCCUAUCUCACUCACCCGCCCACCAGAGGGGAUUCAACCCCCAUCCCUAUCUCACUCACCCGCCCACCAGAGGGGAUUCAACCCCCAUCCCUAUCUCACUCACCCGCCCACCAGAGGGGAUUCAACCCCCAUCCCUAUCUCACUCACCCGCCCACCAGAGGGGAUUCAACCCCCAUCCCUAUCUCACUCACCCGCCCACCAGAGGGGAUUCAACCCCCAUCCCUAUCUCACUCACCCGCCCACCAGAGGGGAUUCAACCCCCAUCCCUAUCUCACUCACCCGCCCACCAGAGGGGAUUCAACCCCCAUCCCUAUCUCACUCACCCGCCCACCAGAGGGGAUUCAACCCCCAUCCCUAUCUCACUCACCCGCCCACCAGAGGGGAUUCAACCCCCAUCCCUAUCUCACUCACCCGCCCACCAGAGGGGAUUCAACCCCCAUCCCUAUCUCACUCACCCGCCCACCAGAGGGGAUUCAACCCCCAUCCCUCUCACUCAACCACACACGGGGUUUCAGCCCCCACCGCUCACUCACCUCAACCUUGGGGCUUCACCCUCCUCCGCUGCCUUAA